GACAAACUGGGUGGCAGAGAUCGCCUUUAAGAUCCUACGAGCCGCAGGAAAAACAGAACAAACCGUGGAUAGCGUGGGGUUUGGCCCGAUGGAGAUGAAGCGGCCCACAGCCACACAGCCAGGCUACGUCACAAUCGCAAACAUACCAUCUCCCCGCCUUGUGAUAACACACCUUCCUAUCAAGUUUGCACCAAAAGGGAUAUCCCAGCCACAGAACAAGGUGAAGGUACUGGUGCCGAUGAGAAACCCGAAGGACACGGCUGUGUCGACGUUCCAUUUCCACAAGAAACUCAUGCCACUGAAGGGCGGGGAUCCAGACUCGGUGCGUUGGGAAGAGUUUGCUGAGGAUUUCAGCAGCGGCACAGUGCCAUUUGGAGACUACUGUGACUGGCUGACCGGCUGGUGGCAGUUGCGAGACGACCCCCACUUCCUCUUCCUCAAGUAUGAGGACAUGAAGAAGGAUCUGCUGAGUGCUGUGAAGGCCAUAGUGGCAUUUCUGGAGGUUGAUCUGGAUGAAUCGACCAUAAAAGGCAUCGCAGAGGCCAGUACUUUCAACAACAUGAAGGCAGACAUGGACAAUUCCAAGAUGGCAGAGAGAAGGAAUAUAGCCAGGAAAGGUAUCAUUGGAGACUGGAAGAACACUUUCUCUUCAAAAGAGAGUGAUCUGUUCGACUCCUGGUACGAGAAGAAGCUGGGUGGUACAGGCCUCUCGUUUGACUUCGAAUAAACCCAUGUUUUAUUGCUAACCAUGAUGGUAAAAAAAACUUAUGACAAGUUAAUUUAUAUUUUUGAAAACAAACUAAAGUAGGUCACGAAUCAGACAUAUGACAUGCAUAAAUGUAUAUGAUGGCCGGCAAAAAAAACAAAACAAUUUUACUCCAUCCGUAAAUAAUUUUAUAGGUUUGCAUGUUUUAAUACACUUUCACACUUUCUAUGGUCAGUAUUAAGUUAGGCCACGUUUAAUAAACGAAUGAAAACCUCA